GGUUUCUGUAUGACAACAAUAUGGCGGCCAACGCAUGGCGGAUUUUUUGACAUUUAUAAUUGUGAAGUCGUGUAUGACCUCAGAGUGAGUGUAUACAUGCGAUAGUGUGUUUCAUGGGGGAAAAGAAUCACACAGAUUCAAAGAUUUCAGGAAAUGAGAUGACAACAGUAUCUGGGCCUAAUGGCCAAACAGACUCCCAGGGCGACAUGCCCAGUGGUGCCUUCAGUACCACAGAUGAAGGCAUCUCCCAGCAGCUGGAGCAUGUCACACAGAUGCAUGCAGCGGCUGUCAAUGGCGACAAACCCUUCCUCGCAAGACUUAUUAUCUCGAACGCGUCUGACAUUGACACGGGUGACCAGUUCGGGCGGACACCACUUAUGUUCUGUAUCCUGGCUGACCGACUGGACUGUGCGGAACUCCUCCUUAAGGCUGGUGCUCAAGUCAACAAAAAGGAUAAAGGGGGACGUGCUGCCUUACACUGGGCUGCCCACAAGGGCAAUUUUCGGUUGCUGAAGUUACUGCUGUCCAAAGGUGCUGACUGUCGCGAGAAAGACAGUGAGGGACAAACAGCCCUACAUUUAUGUACGCGACAUAAAUCAGCAAAAUGUAUGGCGCUGUUGUUACGGCAACUGUCACCCGGGGAACUGGAUAACCAAGAUAAAAAUAAGAGAACCGCACUUCAUUGGGCGGCUUCCUAUGGUAACAUGGAACAUAUCAAAAUGCUCAUCAAACAGGAUUCUAAUAUAGGCAUACCUGACAUUGAUGGGAAAACCCCCCUUCACUGGGCCGCCAGUUGUCGAGAUAGAGAUGCUGUUAACUGUGUGAGAAUCAUACUGGAAACAACAUUUAGCGUAAUAAACUGGCAAGAUUAUGAAGGGCGGACGGCACUUCAUCUUGCAGUUGCCGACGGCAAUGAGGCAGUAGUGGUUGCACUGACGUCUGUAGAAAACUGUAAUGUGUCGGCGCUGGAUAAUAUGUUUAGAACUCCUUUACACUGGGCAGCUGUGCUAGGUCAUUCAAAGAUUGUUGGGCUCUUGUUAGACAAUGGUGCAGACUACGCUAGCUCAGACUCUAACGGUGCUACUCCUCUACACUACGCAGCUCAGAACAACUACGAUGACACUGCCGCUGUAUUUUUGUCACGUAAGAAUGUAACCGACGAACCCGAUGUGGACGGCCGUACAGCAUUUAUGUGGGCUGCUGGGAAGGGUGCUGAUGAUGUCAUACGGAUAUUUCUCAAACACAAUGUAGAUAUUCAACAAGUAGAUAACAAUGGAGGCACCGCUCUGCAUGCUGCCUCUCUCUCCGGCCAUCCGUCAACGGUCAAGGAAUUGCUUGACCAUGGGGCACAGCUGGAUGCUACAGAUCUCACUAAACACACGCCUCUGUUCCGAGCCUGUGAGAUGGGCCACACAGAUGUUGUACAAACACUUAUAGAUUUCGGGGCACGUGUGGAUGUCCUAGAUCAAGAUGGCCGAUCACCAUUACAUUGGGCUGCAUUGGGAGGCCAUGCAUAUAUCUGUCAAACUUUAAUAAAAUAUGGCGUGGAUCCGAACAUUAGAGAUUACAAUGGUCGGACACCACUGCAAUGUGCAGCAUAUGGAGGUUUUGUAAAUUGUAUGUCCGUUCUAGUCGAACACAAGGCCGAUAUAAAUGCUCAAGAUUUGGAGGGGAUGACCGGCUUACACUGGGCAUGCAGUAAAGGUCAUUUAGACUCUGUCAAGCUCAUUAUUGAAUAUAAUGCUUUUCCAAACCAUAUGGAGUUCACAGAAGAUAGGUAUACACCUUUAGACUACGCGUUGAUGGGCGAGCACCAUGAUGUGGCUCAGUAUAUGAUAGAGCUAGGGGCACUGUCCAUCACCGGAAUACAGGAGAUCGCAGCCGUGAAAAUACAGUCAACUUUUCGUGGAUAUCGUAUACGGAAAACUUUCACGGAGAAAAAACGUCUGUUGAUGCUUCAUGAUCAACUCAGGAAAGAAGCUGUGCGGAAGCGAGCGUUCGAAGAAACACGGAAACAGGAAGAUAUCAAACAUAAACAGGAAGUAGAAGAAAGACAACAGGAAGUAUACCUCAAUCAGCCAUUGGUCGAUUCUCCGUCGGAGGAUGGAACCCUACAACCAGUCAUGAAAGUGCCAAAAAACAGUGAGGAAGAUUUAAAUGAUUGUGAUGGGAAAAAGGAAAAGGAGUAUACCGAACUUUCCGAUCUCCUAAAACAACGGCAGAGCCAACAGAAAGUGAUCUCAAAGGAAAAACAACGACAGAACCAGUUCAAAGAAAAACAAUGGGCUGCCAUGAAGAUACAGCGGGCAUGGAAGAAUUACAAGAUGCGGCAGGCUGGGAUCAUGAAGGUCGCCAAACAGUCCAUCCGGACAAUCCGACUUCGUGCAGGGGAGGAGGAGUUUGAGCGACAGAUCGCCGCACUCACAAUCCAGUUGGCAUGGCGUAAAUACUUCAGACGUAAGCUGCUGAAGCAGCUUCAUCCAAACAAACGUCAGCUGCGUAUGUGGGAUCCUGAAGUGAUCGCCAUGAAGCAGGAGUCACUGGUCCGACAAGUCUACGGAGAAAACAUCCCAGCUCCAUUUUGGCAUCCCAUUCCCAAACGUCCAAUUCGGCCAUAUUACACAAGAUGGGUCCCAUCAGCUGCAGCAACUUCCUACAAUUUUGCUGUGGACAGAUACCAUCCUCUGAUGGCUAAGAAGGGCUACCUACCAACCCCUUUCCUGGACAUGAUGGGGCAUCCGAGGGACUUCAACUGGGGCCCUAUGGAGGACGAGGAAUUCAAUGAGAACUUACGAUACAUGCGGGUGCCAAGCACGGCUAGAGCAAGGCAAUACUCCUACCAUAUGAGCCGAUCCAACACCACCUCAGGAACAAUUCCAACGCGUAAUUCCACCAAGAUGUAACAAGGAGAGUCUCAACUGCUGGUUGCUAUGGUUACAAGUGUAUCAAUUGUCACGACAUCUUUACUAGCCAAGGGUGCUCAAUACGAUAUGCUCCUUUUCACCCUUGUAAGGUACUGGGUUGGAAUCCUUGGUAAGCGAAGAUGCUGUCACUAUGGCAACUAAAAACUGUUGCUAUAGAAACAAACAGAUUUUACAUGUAGCCAUAACAACAACCAGUUUCUGAUAUGGAAACAUUUCUGUGACCAAGAAUACUGCUAUUAGGAAUUUUACUAUCGCCAAGACAUAUCAUAUAUGGCAUUGAUUUUUCUACUUAGCACUUUUUUCAUGAUGGCCGAUGGUCAAAUUGUUAUUUUGGCAAUUUUCAAACUGCUAACAGUUCUAAAAAUUAUUGUCUGAAAUAUUUUAGGGAGUUCAUAGUAAAAAUACCUAUGGUAUAUAUAUAUAUAUAUACAUAUUUGCUUGAGAUAGAAUUCGUUAAAUGUUCUAUGUAAAAAGUGCUAUGAUAGCAUAUGUAAAAUAGAAGGAAUAGUAUUGUGCCAUGUGUUUGCCAGAUAUCUGAAUAUAUUGAUGCAAGAUAUUGCUAAACUGUUAUAUUAUAAAGGAACAAUACAAAUUAUCACCCUUUGUUUGCCCUUGUUGAUUUUGGAGAGGGUUAAUUCAAAUCUGGGAUUUCAAAAGUUUAUCCUAAAAUAAGUCCCCAUCCCUAGUGUAAAAGUUUAGAACCAUAUUUAUCCUUAAAUAAGCUCUCUCCUCUGAAAUAAAAGAGAAGCACCAUUUUUAUCUUCAAAUAAACCUCCCCGUUGAAAAACUAAAGUACCAUAUUUAUCCUUAAAUGAACCCUCUCCCCUAUUUUAAAAGUUUAGGAUUAAAUGUUGGGGAGGAUUUGUAAACUGCCUUUACUUCCUGUUUUACAUUUAUGAUCCUGCAAAAAUGGAGAGGCUGGGACUUCUUUAUGAAAAAAAAUAUCUUACUCUAGAACUACCAAAGUGUUUUGAAUGACUUUCUGUUGUUUUGUUUAUAGAUCUUCUCAUUAGGUGCCUUCAAUACCAGAUUUUGAGUAGAUAAGUAGUUAGAACAUAGGUCAUGAUGUUUUAUUUCAAAUCUAAAGAUUAUAACUACAAUAUUUAUCUUGCAAUCAACCCAGAUGGCCAAUGCCAAACCACACCAAAAUCAAGUGGCAAUUUGAAAUUAUCUUUGUUAGUACAUGUUCAUAUAAUUUUUGUGGAAUACCGCUUUAAGGGUAGGUAUGAGGUUAUUACACCUUCCUGUGUACAGGUAGGGUUUUAUGUUAUAAACUUGUUAUGUCUUUGUAUAUUCCAACAUUGGCCUUCCCAAUGAUUAUGGUAGGUUUAUUUUGAAGACAUGGGAAUUAUGUUGUUUUUUUUUUUGGUUAUUUGAAACAAGUACCUAAAUGGCAAGUUUGGGUCUUGCAACAUUUAAUAAAAAAAAAAUAUUGAAAAAACUUAAAAAUAAUUGAUAAUCAACAGUUCCUGUGGCACAAAUGACAAGAUAUAUUCAUCUGUUAUAUACCUAUUUUAAAAUUUUAGAGGAAAAACAACAAUAAUUUUGAGAGGUGUCCAAAUUUGCUAGUGCUUCAGAUGUUAAAUUGUGUAGUUUGAAUUUUGAAGUGGAUUUUGUUUAAGAUUUACUUUAAUUUUAACUAUGGAGAUUGAAUCUGUUAAUAAAUCUUUGUAAGUAGAAUCUGCCAUUGUCCACGUUUUACAAUUGAGGCUAAUUUUCAUUGCUUGUAUAAAUAUGCUGUCAUAUAUUCAUUGUGUCAUCAAGAAAUACUGCAUUUUGUGAAACUGCAUCAAUCUAGUUUAGCAUUUUAGUUAAAAUAUUUUUUUUCUAAUAGUUUCUGACUUUUUAUUUUUACCAGUAAAUAAUUCAAACCUCCAGAAUAGGAAAUGAAAUGGAAGCUUUGUGAAUAUGAUUUUUUCUAAAGAUUGAUCAUGGAAACUUUGUAAAUAUGAUUUUUUCUAAGGAUUGAUCAUAAGAACUAAAACAUUUUAAAGAUUAUUUUCUACCCAAGAACAUGUAUGAAAUAUAAGUCAUUCUCUGGUACGUGCACGAUUCUUAAAUCCGUCCAUUUUGAACCAUCUUGUUAGCUAACUGUGAUAAAUGUUUUAUGACUCUUGCACCCCCCUGUCACAAUGGAACAAUCUUCAAUGGGAGAGUCCAGUGUGAGUUGGAUAGGUGAGCAGGUUAAACUGAAAUGAUCAGUUUGAUCAUUGAAUGUAUUCAUUGCUAGAUUGAUGUUUCAAUUUAUAAAAUUAUUUUUGAAAAAUUACAAAAAAAAUAUUGUCGAUAAAUUGCUGUUGUCUUACAUGAAAUGUUAUUAAAUAGAAAUAUUUAUUGAA